UAUAAAACUGUAUAUCAUAAGCAUGACAUUGAAUAAACUGGGAUUCAGAUGGAUUCAGAAAUUUACGGCAAGGUCGCAAGAGGUGCUUUUCUCUGUAGCCAUGAACUUGUGGUGACAGCCAAUUUGUAAGUUUAAUAUAGUGUAAACAGACGCUCUCUAUAGUUAUACAGUUAUGCAGAUGUAUAGAGAUGCUGCAGUUGAUUGUGUCAAGAUCAAGUCGUACCUCUUCAAAUGUCAUUGGCUCAAGCCAGUUUUAGCGGCUUGUUUUUUGAGCAACUCCGGCCCACUUUAGAACUUUUGAAUUUUUGGUGGCCAUGGUGCGUGGAGCAAGGAAAGCUAUUGCUGUCGGAGUUGCGGUGGCUGUCGCAUGCGGUCUCCAGAAGCACUUGAAUUUUGUGCCUGGGCCUCGGCAUGCUGCUCCAGUGGCCGCAGCAGCAGCCAGCAUGAUGAUGGCUCCUGCGGCUUUUGCUGAUGAGAUCGGCGAUGCUGCAAAGAAGCUUGGGGAUGCUUCCUACUCUUUUGCCAAGGAAGUGGACUGGAACAAUGGCAUUUUCCUGCAGGCCCCUGGCAAGUUUCAGCCCUUGGAAGCUUUGAAAGCCAUUGACAAGAUGAUCGAAAUGGGGGCAGCCGCAGAUCCCAAGCUUCUGAAGGACGCAGCAGAAGCACAUCACAAGGCCAUUGGGAGCAUCAGCGGGCCAAAUGGUGUGACUUCGCGCGCUGACUGGGAUGCGGUGAAUGCAGCCAUUGGCCGUGUUGUCGCUUCGGUCCCCAAAGCAAAGGUCAUGGCCGUUUACGAUUCAGUAACAGCCAUCACGGACCCCGGAGUGCCAGCGUACAUGAAGUCCUUGGUGAACGGACCCGAUGCCGAGAAGGCCUACCAAGGAUUCCUGGAAUUCAAGGAUGUUGUUGAAAAGAACCAGGUGGCCACGGCCAGUGCUCCUGCAGUUGUGCCUUCUGGAGACAAAAUUGGUGAAGCUGCAAAAGCCUUGUCCGAUGCAUCCUACCCUUUCAUCAAGGACAUUGAUUGGCUGUCAGACAUUUACUUGAAGCCGCUUCCCGGCAAGACUGCCCCAGAGACGCUGAAAGCCAUUGACAAGAUGAUCGUGAUGGGCGCGAAGAUGGAUGGAAACCUCUUGAAGGCAGCAGCAGAGGCACACCACAAGGCCAUUGGCAGCAUUGAUGCCACUGGUGUGACGUCUGCGGCCGACUACGAAGCUGUGAAUGCAGCCAUUGGCCGCUUGGUGGCAUCCGUGCCGAAGACAACUGUGAUGGAUGUGUACAAUUCCAUGGCCGGCGUGGUUGAUUCCAGCGUCCCCAACAACCUGUUUUCGAAGGUGAAUCCAUUGGAUGCAGUGGCUGCCGCCAAGGGUUUCUACACCUUCAAAGAUGUUGUGGAGGCUUCCCAGCGCUGAAUGUGAAGACCAGCAGCAUGAAGUUGCGACAUUGCUUCAACAUGCUUUAGCAGAACACUUUUUAAAUUGUUGUAUAGAUACAGAAUGUUACGGACAUCUGUAACAGUUUCUUGACAUUUCUUGACCCAGAAGCCUCUCAAAGCCAUGGG